AUUGAAGAAGAAAGGGGGGGCAGGAGAAUGUGUGGCUCUCGUCUCCCACAUCACUCCCACAAAACCCUUAUUACCUCCUCCUCCUUAUUUGGAGAUGUCUCUAUUUCAUCUUUUCUGAUUCACCCAAACAUCCUAAAACCCUCUCUCGACCACAAAAAUGGCCUCCAUUUCUAGGAUUUUGCCAACAGACGGCAGAUUAAGUCAAUGCAGAAUCAACACUUGUUGGGUUCCUGCUACGAGGAGGAGCAGAGCUCAAACUCUUUUGGAUUCUCCCAGGUUGGUUACUGUUCGUAGCUCUGGGAUUAGUUUGAGGAUUCAGAAUAGUAAACCAUUACGUCCUGUCUCUGCUCUUGAAGCAACAACCACCUCCAGGAGUAGUAGUGUUGUGUGUAAGGCUGCUGCAGGUGAUGUACCUGAGAGUACUCCUAAGGAACUUAGUCAGUAUGAGAAGACUAUUGAGCUUUUGACAACCCUUUUUCCACUUUGGGUUAUUUUGGGAACACUUGUUGGCAUCUUCAAGCCGUCUUUAGUUACAUGGUUGGAAACAGAUCUCUUUACUCUAGGUCUUGGAUUUCUUAUGCUCUCCAUGGGAUUAACUCUUACGUUUGAAGAUUUCAGAAGAUGUUUACGUAAUCCAUGGACGGUGGGUGUUGGUUUUCUUGCUCAAUACUUGAUCAAGCCAGUUCUAGGUUUUCUCAUUGCAAUGACUCUUAAGCUUUCAGCACNAACUUACGGAUUCAUGUUUCUAUAUCAGGGACUUGCUAUUAGUACUUUUCAAGUAGUGUUGGUGCCUACUAUAGUUGGAGUUCUGGCCAACGAGUUCUUUCCUAAAUUUACAUCAAAGAUCAUAACAGUGACGCCUCUAAUUGGAGUCAUUCUGACCACCCUUCUCUGCGCCAGCCCUAUUGGACAAGUUUCAGAGGUUUUGAAAACCCAAGGAGCUCAACUUAUACUCCCGGUUGCAGUCCUUCAUGCUGCAGCCUUUGCUAUUGGCUACUGGAUUUCUAAGUUUUCUUUCGGCGAGUCCACUUCGCGCACCAUUUCUAUAGAAUGUGGAAUGCAAAGUUCAGCGCUCGGGUUCUUGCUUGCACAAAAGCAUUUCACAAACCCUCUAGUUGCUGUUCCUUCUGCAGUCAGUGUUGUCUGUAUGGCGCUUGGCGGGAGUGGCCUGGCCGUGUUCUGGAGAAACCAGCCAAUUCCGGCAGAUGACAAGGAUGACUUCAAGGAGUGAGUGAGUGACAUAGGAAAGGCGGUUUGCAUCUCCAAACGAUGUGAUUGUUGUAAUGUUUACUAAUUUGUGUUGAAAAAGUUUUUGUUUUAAGAGACAUAGAGAAACAAGGGCGUGCAUGAGAACUUGUGGUCAAAUUUAUUUUGUUUCUCAAUUAAUGGACACAGAUCUGUUUUUUUGGCACA